AUGAAGAAGAAUGAUGAACAACAAUUUAAGCAUUUUCUUGAACUCUUGAGGCAACUGCACAUCAAUAUUCCACUUGUAGAAGCCUUGGAACAAAUGCCAAAAUACGUCAAAUUUUUUAAGGAUAUUUUGACAAAGAAAAGGAGAAUCAACGAGACAGAAGUAAUUGUGCUAAUGCAGGAGUGCAAUGCGUUAGUAAGCAACAGACUACCCAAGAAACAGAAGGACCCGGGAAGCUUCACAAUCCCGUGCUCAAUCGGAGGGUUGGGCAUGGGACAUGCGUUGUGUCAUUUGGGAGCAAGCAUUAACCUCAUGUCACUCUCAAUCUUCAAGAAAUUGGAAAUUGGUGAAGCACAACCCACUUCUGUAACUCUUCAACUCGUUAACAGGAUGAUCAAGUACCCUGAAGGAAAGAUUGAAGAUGUUCUGGUAAAAGUUGACAACUUCAUAUUCCCAACGGAUUUCAUCAUCUUAGACUAUGAAGCAGACAAGGAUGAAGUGAAGUUUAAUGUGCUAAAUGCAUUGAAGUUCCCGGAUAGUGAAGAAUGUCAACUGAACAUAAUAGAGUUUCCUGAAGAGGAAGUGACCCAAGUUUGCGAGGUCCUCGCGUUGGAAGAAAACAUGAAAGAACCCGAGCCGCCAAGUCUGAGUGAGCGGAGGACAAAACCAAUGCAUCCAUCAUUAGAGGAACCACCAGAACUAGAGCUGAAACCAUUACCUAGUCACCUUAAAUAUGCUUUCCUUGGAACAAACAAAACCUUACCUGUAAUUAUUUCCACAAAUCUUACCAAGCCUAAUGAACAUUCUCUUUUGCAGAUGUUGCAAAAGCAGAUGCGUGCAAUAGGUUGGACGCUGGCUGACAUCCGUGGCAUCAGCCCAUCUUACUGCAUGCAUAAAAUUAGGCUAGAAGAAGGGAAGACUGGAUCGAUCGAGCCUCAAUGA